GUGAUUAGUUGACCUUGAGGUAGGUAGGGAUUUGAUUUGAAAGGUGAAGUUGUGGUGUACGUGUAUAUAAUCACCUACCUACCAUUCCUGAUUCUAAGUUCUAACUAUAUAUUAUUGUAAUUGUAUUCUCCAAAUCUAGAGAGCAAUGGCGUCGCUUCCCGUAACCGCUUUGGAGAUCGAGAACAUCGUAUUCCCUCCCACCGUUAAGCCUCCUGGAUCCUGCGACACCUUAUUCCUCGGCGGCGCUGGAGUCAGGGGUCUUCAAAUCCAUGACAAAUUCGUUAAAUUCACCGCUAUUGCCAUUUAUUUGCAGUAUACAUCUAUUCCCUUCCUCGCCGAUAAAUGGAAGGGUAAGUCUGCUACUGAACUAACGGAAACCGUCCCCUUCUUCAGGGAUAUUGUUACAGGUCCAUUUGAGAAAUUUAUGCAAGUGACAAUGAUCUUGCCAUUGACUGGGCAACAAUACUCAGAGAAAGUGUCAGAAAAUUGUGUAGCUAUUUGGAAGUCUCUUGGGAUUUAUACUGAUGAAGAAGCCAAAGCAAUAGAGAAAUUUCUUUCUGUUUUCAAAGAUCAAACAUUCCCAUCGGGCUCUUCUAUCCUUUUCACUGUAUCACCUAAGGGAGCAGGAUCAUUAACGAUAAGUUUCUCUAAAGAUGGAUCCAUUCCAGAGGUUGAGUCUGCAGUUAUAGAGAAUAAACUACUUUCAGAGGCUGUGCUUGAGUCAAUGAUAGGUGCACAUGGCGUCUCCCCUGCAGCAAAACAGAGUUUGGCCUCUAGAUUAUCUGAGUUAUUCAAAGAGGGUUCUGAUACUAGUAUAUCACCAAAAUGAAGAUGAAAGUUCUGUUCUACAAUAAAGACCAAGCGGAAAUUUUAUCUUAGGUCCACUUUCAAAUUACCUCUUGGCGACUAUUCAGUGUAUUAAUUAAGAGUGCGUUUGUUUCAAGUUGUAAUGGUAUUAUUUUAGCAAAACUGAGUUGGGAAAUGCAACAAUUUUAUGUUUAAGUCAAUCUUUGAUAAUUAUUUCAUUUCCAUGAA